UCAUUAUAACAUUACAGGGAAAAUGUAUUCUCCCCCAACUCAACAAUGAAGAACUGAGAAAUUGAACCACUGACGGUCGCAUUCUCGCCUUUUGCUCUGCUACAUCUUCGUCGCCUUUUGCUCCGGUACAUCGUCGUGGCAUUCUCGACUUCGAAAUACCUCUGUGUACAAAAUACGCAGUCGCCUUCUCCUCCGACGCUGUGUACUACUCCAGAUUAGAUCUUCUCGACUUCGAAAUACUCAUCGACAAAGAAAAGUCACCACAGUCGCCAUGAUUACAGCCUCGUUUUGAAGGAAGGCCCGUAUUGAUUGGAGCUUGGAAAGGAAUGAAAACCCAGAUUUGUUUUUCAACUGGUCAAUAUGUUUUUCUUCUAUUUUCGAUUACGUGUUUGAUUAUUGAUUUUGGUUUACACAUCACUAAUAUCACCUGGCUUGCUCAAAGGCUAUUAAGGAAUCCAAAGGAGAGACCAUGUCUCUCAAAUCAAAGCUUAUUUUGGUUUAUUCGGAGUGUUAAAUUAAAUAGCUUUUGGCAGCAACCGAUUGGAUGCAUUACUCAAAAGGAUAUUUUGGGAACAAAAUCAAGUGACGGGGAUUAA